AUGGCUGCCACGGACGAUGGUUUGAAGAAGCUCGAGUACCUUUCCUUGGUUUCCAAGGUCUGUUCAGAGCUCAAAACCCAUAUAGGGGUUGGGGACAAAGUUCUGGCGGAGUUCAUCACUGAGUUGGGGCGAAACUGCGAGACGGUGGACGACUUCGACACCAAAUUAAAGAAAAAGGGUGCCGAGAUGCCCGAUUACUUUGUCCGUACGCUCCUCACUAUCAUGCAAGCUAUUCUUCCACUGAAGCUAAAGCCUGAGAAGGACUCGAAGAAAGAGAGCGCUUCUGAUGGUAGGAAGACCAAGUUUAAGGCUUUGGCCGUCGCCAAUAAUAAAGAUAGAGUCAAGGACAUCGAGAAGGAAAUUGAGAUGGAGACCGAGGAAAAGUGA